UCAGUACUGUAGGCUCGGGGUAUUUCCUUUGUAGUUUGCACUAUGCUGAAUAAUCUAUAUUUAUAUAUUGCACUUUAAAAAUGCAGAGGAAGACGGGCAUUUUUUUUCCUACUCAAAAAAGUUUGCGUCACUGAUCCAGAGAUUUAGAGCAGGGGAAUUCUUUCAGAAUUGACAUUAACUAAUGUUCUCUCUCUAUAUAAUGGAGCUCUGGCAGUUCACCAGACACUCAGACUCAGUAUCUCUCAACUGGUUCAUCAAGCAUACCUGAAGAAUGAAGAUCAUCAUGAAGACCGCUUUACUGUUUGCAGUGCUGUGCUGCGCUCUUCUGCCUCAACCCUCAGAUGGUCAAGAAUCUGCUGAUGCUGCAAACAGUAUGUGCUGCUUUGGUAAAGGCAGUAACAUCAAAAUUCCUCUGAGACGACUGGAGUAUUUUUACUGGACAAGCAGCCGCUGCCCCCUCAAACACGUUGUGUUUGUUACAAUAGCAAAGAAACAUCUCUGUAUGAAUCCAGACAAUGAGUGGGUCCAGAAGGUCAUAAACAUGAAAUCAGGUUCAGGCUCAUCAGUAUGAAACUUGGAAGAUAUUUUCUGCACUUACUUGGAUACAUACCCCAUACAUAUGACCAUUUGUAAAAUAAAGCUGCAAAAUAGUAUCUCAACAUUUCAGAGUGUUGUUAUUGUAAUGUAUUGCAUGUAUUAUUAUUCUGUAUUAUUCAAAUGUGUUGAUCUUGUUUAUGUGUCAAUAAAUGUUCAUGAUCUCAUGCAAA